CCUGCUCUCAAUGCCGCGUGUCAUGUGACCAGGAUCACAUGAUCUCGUUCAUCCAGGAAGUGAAGCUGAUCUCCUAGAACAGAAAAGCCAACAUGGAGAGAUACGAUAAAGCGGCUCUGAACGCGGCCAACAUCCCCCCCGCGGACUUCAGCCAAAAUGACGGGUCCCUACUUUCCACCCUGAAGACUCUCCUAUUCUUCACCAUCUUAAUGAUUAUGCUACCGAUCGGCCUGUACUUUUCCUCGAAGGUUUACGUGUUUGAAGGUGCCUAUGGGAUGUCCAACAAGGACAGUUACUUCUACGCUGCCAUUGUGGCUGUGAUCGCGGUACAUGUGGUCUUGGCCAUGUUUGUAUACGUGGCGUGGAAUGAAGGUUCUCCGCAGUGGCGUGAAGGAAAACAAGACUGAGGCCUUCUGACAUUGCGCAGGAUAAGGACUCUAUGCACAGGGAUCCCAUGCACACUGCACAUGGCUUCUAUGUACAAUGUGCAUGUACUUGUGAUAAUUUAAGUUAUAGGGUAAUACAUUUUUUAAUUGCAUUUCAUAUGCCCAGUUUCGUAUUAUAGAGAGAUAGGUUUAAAGGAAACAGUCCACCAUUGUUGGGAACAUACAUUUUUUAUUUUUUUUUGUCUGAGACAUCAGAGACCUCUCCUGCCCCCACCCUUAUAUAUGUAUGUCUGUGCAAAACGUUCUUCACUUUAAAUAACCAAUAAAAAGAAAUAAAGCCAA